GCUUGGGAAUUUGGCUUGGUCGCUGGUCUCGGGAGGAUGAUCUUGUUCUCGGCUUGAGCUAUUUGCCACAGGAAAUACUGUUGUCAUUUAUUGUUUUUCAUUGUCCCCUUUCGUUUAAUUCACUCCAGCUCUUAUUUCUUUGCACUCGCCCUCCAUUUGGAGUCCCAACCACGUCCUGUUUUGUAAUGUCUGUACUCUACAGAAGCUGUGCAGUAGCCCAAUCUCCCCUGGUUGUCGCGCCGACCCUCGAAUAAAGAACAAGAGGCUGGAGAUACAGCGCAUUCAAGAGAUUUCCCUGUUAUUGGUUGCUGAUUUCGGAGCUGUAGUUUCCUUGCUGUCCAGACUUUCACAGAGCAUUCUGGCCACUUGAUUUCGUUUAACGAGACGGGGAUAUCUAGGGACACCUCACCAUAAGAAGAUGUCACAAAUCCUUAUACUCAGCUUUUGAUGUGCCGUCGCGUGAUAGCAUUUUGAAGCUUCGCUUUUGACAAGAAAGCUGAUCGCCAAGGUCCCGCCUCCACAAUAAGAAAUAAGGAGAGCAACUCGCGAUGAAUUAUGAAAGAGCAGUGUGCAACGGCAAAGACCACGUUCACUUCUGUCUCUCCGUGUUGUAGGAAGUUUCAUACAAAGAGAAACAUGGAGCAGUGAGUAAUUCUGAAUCUACUGAUCAGACAUUUGAUCAAAUAUGAAGGCACACUCAACACUCUCAAGAAAUCUAUUUAUUCAAAGUAUUUUACCCUGCAAAGCAAACUAAUUAGGAUUGCAAAGACCUUCUCUGAGAAAGAACUGACUAGGGACAGAAUGGAUGGGAUAGCUUUCAUAAAUUCUGGAAAAUUUUCCACUUUCUUUAAUGCUUCAGAGAGAAAUUUUACCUUCGGCCAUUAUGAUCAGUGUUAUUCUUCAACCUCCAUGAUAUUUGUGCUCGCACUGGUUUACAGUGCCAUCAUCAUCCUUGGAGUAUCAGGCAAUCUGCUCCUAAUCAUCAUUGUGAUGAAACAAAAAGAAAUGCACAAUGUAACAAACAUUCUGAUUGUCAACCUAUCAAUCUCUGAUCUGCUCAUCAGUGUCAUGUGCCUGCCCUUCACAUUUGUCUACACUUUUAUGGACCAUUGGAUAUUUGGUGAGGCCAUGUGCAAGUUAAAUUCCAUGAUCCAAUGCAUCUCCAUCACAGUUUCCAUCUUCUCCUUGGUGCUGAUUGCAAUUGAGCGCCACCAAUUGAUUAUUAACCCUCGAGGUUGGAGACCCAAUAACAAGCAUGCCUACCUAAGCAUUGCCACCAUGUGGACACUAGCACUGCUUACAUCUCUGCCCUUUCCACUUUUCCACAUUCUGACCGAUGACCAGUUCCAUUAUGACCUUAAAUACUCAAAGGAAUUUGCUGGAAAGUAUUUGUGCAUUGACCUGUGGCCAUCAGAAAAUCAAAGGCUGGUUUAUACUACAUGCCUCCUCGUAAUGCAGUACUUUGCCCCCCUCUGUUUUAUAUUCAUCUGCUACUUUAAAAUAUAUGUGCGCCUAAGAAGGAGAAACAACAUGAUGGAGAAGAUGAGAGAGAACAAAUACAGGGCAGAUGAAUACAGAAGAAUUAACAUGAUGCUUAUUUCCAUUGUGGUAGCAUUUGCAGUCUGCUGGCUGCCCCUCAAUAUCUUCAAUGCUGUUUUUGAUUGGAACUACGAGGUUAUCAAUAAUUGCCAUCACAAUCUAGUUUUCUCCGUAUGUCAUCUGACAGCCAUGCUAUCAACCUGCACAAACCCCAUCUUCUAUGGAUUCCUUAAUAAAAACUUUCAAAGGGACUUGCGUUCAAUUCUCCAAAACUGCAAGUGCAGCUCUAGAGAAGAGGACUAUGAGGCUAUUGCCAUGUCAACCAUGCAGACAGAGAUUUCCAAGAGUUCUCUGAAACAAGCAACACAAAUUGCUUGAAAUGAAAUGAUUCCAAAAUCUUGCUUCUGCAGAAUAAACAGCAACUGGUCCAUGUGGCCUAAGCAACCAAA